AUGGUCUCUUACACAGGAACCUACGGCGCUCUAGUCGGCCUUAUGGCCUUGGCUGUUAUUGCUGCAUGCGGACUAUGGGCUACCAGACUCACCAGCUUCACAGCUAGCUGGAAGCCGUGGUAUAUCGCGUUUGCCAUAAUCACCACCAUUACCACGCUGCUUGGACUCACCUAUCAGUCGCUGGGCCUCGCUGUUACUGCCGAUGAAGACCGAUUUAAUCACGGCUCUGACUAUAAUGAACAGCUGGCGAAUGCGUAUAUGUUUGUAAAUUUAGCUUACGGGCUAUUUCUCAAUGUUUCAGAGGUUUUGCUCUUCGCCGCCAUCAUGGUAGCAGGGGCCACUGCAGCCAACAGCAGCUCUCGCAAGCUCUCGCAGGUCAUCACAUAUCUUGUGAGUGGCUUGCUUAUUGCCAUUGCCUCCGUCAUGUUCGCCCUUGAGUGCAACUACAACGCAUGGUUUAUUGUCGGCCGUUGGGAUGACGAUUAUAUCUAUUAUGGACCGCCCAGCGACUUGGAAAGACAGGCCCUUGUGUCUACCCAGCUUGAUUUCGCCUUCUCGUCCAUCAUGCUGGCUGCGGCUGUUGUUGCUAUUGGGCAAAGCGUCGUCGCUAGCAACAAGGCCCACGCAAACAAGACGAGCGCUGGACGUCUAGUCCUUACGGCCGUUUUACUGCUGAUCACCACGGCCACUCAGCUCGGAAUUCUGGCCUCGCUUGUGGACCCGUCAACCGGCGAAGCGACGUUCUACGGACGCGGACCUUCGGCAGCCUCCACUAUUGCUGUUGCAAUUCUGGCAAUUCUCCUUGUUGUCUGGCCGUUGGUCGCUUCCAUGGCAACAAUUUCAUCGGUAGGGAAGUACAGCAGCGAUCUUGGAGGCCCAGGAAAGGAGCCCUACAGCCAGGAGAGCGCUGAUGCAGCCCGAUUCGGCAAUGCCCCAAGGGAGAAUGUGGUGGUUUAA